CUCCCGGUCCCUUUCCUCGCCCCUGAGGCGGGGAUGAGGCUUGCGAGCUGGAACGUCAACGGGCUGCGGGCUGGGUUGGGACCCGCGGGGUUGAAGCCGCUCCUGGACUCCCUGGAGGCGGAUGUCAUCUGCCUGCAAGAGACCAAGGUCACCCGGGACCUGCUGGAGGAGCCAUUGGCAAUAGUGGAGGGCUAUAACUCUUAUUUCAGCUUCAGUCGCACCCGCAAUGGCUAUUCAGGCGUUGCAACGUUCUGCAAGGUCAGUGCCACCCCAGAGGCAGCUGAAGAAGGCCUGUCUGGGCUGUUUGCUAAGCACGAUGGCGCAGUUGGUUACUAUGGAGAGACAGAGGGCUUCACAACUGAGGAGCUACAGGCAUUGGACAGUGAGGGCCGGGCUGUGAUCACCCGUCACCGUAUUCGCACUUCAGAACAGCAGGAGACCACGUUGACAGUCAUCAAUGUGUACUGCCCUCGUGCAGACCCUGAAAAGCCAGAGCGUGGGGACUUCAAGCUGCGUUUCUAUCGCCUCUUGCAAGCUCGGGCCAAGGCACUUCUCAGAGCUGGAGGCCAUGUGGUCAUCCUGGGGGACAUCAACACAGCACACAAGCCUAUUGACCACUGUGACCCGGGAGAUCUGGAAUCCUUUCAGGAGCAUCUUGGGCGUCGCUGGCUGGACAGUUUCCUGUGGGAGCCAGACAAGGAUUCCCAGGAUGGGAAAUGCUUUGUCGACACGUUCCGUUUUCUGCACCCUGGUCAGAGUGACGCCUACACCUGCUGGUGCAACGUAACCGGGUCCCGGCAGCUCAACUACGGCACCCGCAUUGACUAUAUCCUGGCCGAUCGUGCACUAGCAUUGUCAGAGCUACAGGAUGCCCAGCUCAUGCCAGACGUCUUUGGUUCCGACCACUGCCCUGUGUGGGUGGUGCUUAGGAGUGUCUGCCUGGGGGCGCCCCGCUGCCCACCCCUCUGCACCCGCUUCCUGCCCGAGUUUGCUGGCACCCAGCAGAAGCUCAAUCACUUCCUCGUGAAAGUGGAGCGGACCAGCCUACCAGAGGAGAGGGGGCAGAAACGGGGCGGGAGGGAACCAAGUGUUGCGGGGGGUUCCAAGAAGAGACGGGUGGGCCCACCGCAGAAGGGGCAAGGGGAUUUGCGAAGCUUCUUCAAAGCUGGAAACGGCAGGCCUAGGGCCACCACCAACAGCGCCAACUGCCAGUCGGUAAUGAAAAUGAGGACAGCGGAAGAUUCUGGGGUGGAACCUCCUCUUGACGCUUCUGGAAGGACCACUGAUGAGCAUGGGGUGGAGGAAUUUGCUGGUGGGUCCCAGGCAUGCGCUGGGAGUUUGAGAGAGGAGCCCACUCUGGGCAUGGCCAAUGGAGGAGCUCUGGAUUGUGGGAAAGGAACUGUUCCCUCUAGUUCAACCCAGUCCGCUGCCCUGUGGAAGUCACUGCUGCCAGGCCCUGCUCGCCCACCUCACUGCAAGGCCCAUGGAGAGCCCUGUGUCCUGCGGACAGUGAAGAAGCCGGGACCAAACUCUGGGCGGCGCUUUUACGUCUGCGCCCGGCCUCUGGGGAAGCCAUCAGAUCCCCGCUCCCGCUGUGACUUCUUUCUGUGGGCCAGUCGGGGGAAUCCUUGAAUUGAGAGAAGAACUGAAAUGAGAGGACAUUAGAGGCACCAUGACCCCUAAGUGGAAAAGAAGGGGUUGGUUUCUAAUGGAAAGUAUCCUGGAUGUCUUGCUGCCUAAGAAGAGAGGGGAAGGCAGCCUCUGUGGCAGAGUGAGGCCUAGGCUUAUUGCCAGGGGGUCAAAGAGGUCAGGCCCAAAGUUUCCGUGGGAUCUUUUUGGGCUGCCAGUAGAAACUUACUUUUGUACCAGAGCAUGCUGGGAGUUUUGAGGUCUUUGAUGCCAGGCCCUGCAGUCAGGAACAUUGUUUAAAGAGGAAGAAUUAAUUGGUUUUCUUAUUAAAUCAACAGUUUUAUGUGCUAGGACUAACACAAGCUUUGGGAAUGCGCACGCAGACUGCCCUGACUUGUGGUGAGCAUUUUCUGGAUUCAUGCCCACCAAACUCUUUAACAUUGGGUGGAGAGGUGCUCUUGCAGAAAGUUGCUCUUUUCCCUUAACUGCCCUCCCCACAAACCCCUGUAAUAACAAUGAUGCAAUUGCUGGGAGGUGAUUCAUCCUUAUUCGGGGCAGGGGGAAUCUUAUUUUUUUUACUUUUGAUAAAAUAAAGACGUUGAAAAUAAAAUCCCUCAGUGUUUUCUCUGUUCGAAAAGGGAAAGUUGGAUUCUUAUGUUCUCUGAAAAGAGAGUUGGGUGAUGCUGAACAGGGGUUAAGGCCAGGAGUCCUACGCACAUUGAAAUGGUUCUAAUUCUGCGGAAUGGCAGGAUUGUUUUGGCAAUCCUGAUCCCUGUGGCGUAAGCUGCCCUGAGUGCUUCAGCUAUUGUGGUGACAAAGGGAUUAAGCCCAGGCUUUGCAGAUUAGCACAAAUGAGUUCAUAUUGCCUGUACAGGAUUGCCUUGGGGCAAAAAGGUGCAUCUUGCUGUUCUAUCUGGGAAUAAUGCAUGAAAAUUCCCGCUGGCAGUCUUUUGGAUUGCAAGACAUGGAACUUUC